AUGAUGUACACACACCAAAAAAGAAGAAAAACAAUGGAAUUCCAACUAUCCAAAAUAACCCUCUCAAGUGUUUAUCUUGUCCUCUUUCUUACCUUACCUAAUCUGCCUCUUAACGUUGCUUCUGAUUCCACUGCUGAAGCAAAUGCUCUUCUCAGAUGGAAGGCUAGCCUUCACAGCAAAACCAACCCUCUCUUGUCUUCAUGGCCUGCAAACAAAACAAGCCCUUGCGACUGGAUCGGAGUUUCUUGCAGCGACGCCCGGAAAGUCACUGGAAUCGACCUUGCCAGUUCAGGACUAAUUGGUACACUCCAAAAAUUUCCCUUCUCAUCAUUCCCCAAUCUUUUGUACUUCAAUCUUAGCAUGAAUGAACUUUUUGGUUCAAUCCCACCUGAACUCAGUCAGCUCUACAAGCUCAUCUACCUUGACUUGUCGACUAAUCGGUUCUCGGGGAAAAUUCCGUCCUCAAUUGGUCUGUUAACUCAUCUUGAGGUCCUUAACCUCUCUGAAAACGAACUCAGUGGCUCAAUUCCUCAAGAAUUAGGCCAACUGGAGUCCCUUAAUAAGCUUUCCCUCCACAACAACAAUCUACAUGGACACAUUCCAUCUUCUUUUGGCAAUUUAACCAAUCUCACUCAUUUGUAUCUCUACAAUAAUCCACUAUCUGGCUCCAUCCCACUUGAACUUAAUCGGCGGCUCUACGAACGCAGCUACCAUGAUUUGUGGAAUAAUCAAUAUUCAGAUAAGAUUCGUGGACCAAGUGGGAAAAGGCCAGGCGGACCACCUUAACAUAAUUGAGUCUCCAAGCUUGUUUCAGGGAAAUUUCUACCACAGAAGUAGCAGAGAUUAAGAUGGAGACGGUGAUGGUGAUGAUUAAGAGUAGCUAUGGAGCAUCUAUGAUGGUUAGUUAUGAAUGUAAGAAUAAGGCCCAUAUUGACUAAAGCACUCCUGUGUAAAUGUAAUUUGUAUACUUAUAUUUCCUUGUGAAGAUAUUUUGAAGUUCCAAGAUAUGGUUAUUAUGGACGAAAAUAGGUAUCUGCCAGAAA